AUGAAGCUUCCGUUCGUGGUUCUCCUUUUUGCAGCCCGCGCCUUGGCUACGUUUACCAUUGACCAAACAGGACUCAAGCCAAUCAUUUUGGAAUGCGCAACUGAAGCUGACCUGACUGAUGCCGAGAUAGAUGCUAUCAAAACUAUUGCAGACUUUGAUAAAAGUCCUAAAUAUAAAUAUCAAUUUUACUGUAUCUUUACGAAGGCCAACGUGAUGACCGAGUCAGGUGAUUUCGAUAAUGAACUCAUUACAAAUAUACUGAAAGGGGCUGGUGCGAAUGAUGACGAAGUGGCCGCAAUUUUGAAGUGCUGUGUCCAAAAAGAUAUACCGGAAGACACAGCGUACGAAUUUGGAAAAUGCGUCGUCCCGUAUUUAGAGAAUUUUCCCCUGGAGAAGUGA